CUUCAUAAGGACGAGGAAACUCAAUUAAUAUUAAGUGGGAAUGAAGUUAUAGACAAUUGGCUUACUAAAGUAAGUAAAGUAGAAUUGUUUAUAGAUUUUAUUCCAUAUAAAAAAUUUAGCGACAUUACUUAUCUUGCUAAAGGAGGGUUUAGUAAGAUAUACAAAGCGACUUGUAUUAAUGGCAUAAAAUAUAGAUGGAAUGAUUAUAAGCAAAUGUUUCUGUAUCAUAAGGACUAUCCUGUUGUUCUUAGAAGUCUUAACGAUUCUGAAGUUAUAAGUCGUGAUUUUUUAAAUGAGUUAAAACUUAAUUUUCAUUGUUUGAAUGCUUUAACUUAUCAUAUACACAAAUAUCAUGGCAUCACACAGCAUCUCGAAACCAAAAAUUAUAUGAUUGUAAUGGACUUUACACAAUAUG